GGGAGCAGUAAGGAUGACCCAUGCGAGCAAAUGCAGCCAGGCAGGCGAGCUCGGCAGACGUUCUGGCUGUGGAUGGCGGCACCAUUUACCAGGCUGGGAAGGAAUACAAUCUGAAGCCAGUGGUGGGUGAAGCGUAUGGCCAAGGUGUUGGGACCUCUUACUAUGCAGUGGCUGUUGUGAGAGCAAAUGCCAACCUGACCAUCAACAGCCUGAAGGGGGCCCGGACGUGCCACACGGGCCUCAACAGGACUGCUGGCUGGAACGUCCCCGUCGGCUUCCUGGUCGACAGUGGCCGGGUGGCGGUGAUGGGGUGUGACGUCGCCGGAGCGGUCGGUGCCUAUUUCGAGGCCAGCUGCGUCCCUGGAGCCCUCGGCAGCCCCUAUCCCGCCUCCCUCUGUGCCCUCUGCAAAGGGGACGGGGCUGGCCGGGGCAAGUGCAGCCCAAGCGCCACCGAGGAAUACUACGACUACAGCGGGGCCUUCAGGUGUCUGGCGGACGGGGCAGGAGAGGUGGCCUUUGUCAAGCACAGCACAGUGGCUGAAACCACAGAGGGCCCAGCUUCGCCCUGGUGGGCCCAGCAGCUGCAGGCACAGGACUUCCAGCUCCUCUGUCGGGAUGGGAGCAAGGCCGACGUCUCGGCAUGGCGGACCUGCCACCUGGCCCGUGUCCCUGCACAUGCUGUGGUCGCCAGAGCGGACACGGAGGGGAGCCUCGUCUUCCAGCUGCUCAGCGAGGGGCAGCAAAGGUUUAAUGGCGAAGGCUCAGAUUUCCAGAUGUUUGACUCUGCAGCCUACGGGGGGAAGAACCUUCUCUUCAAGGACUCCACCACGGAGCUGGUUCCCAUCACAGAACAGACCUACCAGGCCUGGCUGGGGGAUGGAUACCUGCAUGCCAUGCGCGGCUUGGACUGUGACCCCACAAGGUUGCCGGAAUUCCUGCGCUGGUGUGUCUUGUCCACCCAGGAGAUCUGGAAAUGCAGCAAAAUGGCCAUGGCUUUCAAGAGCAAGAACUUAAAGCCGGAAGUCCAGUGUGUUUCAGCAGAGAGUCGAGAGCAGUGCAUGGAAUGGAUCCAGGAAAGAGAGGCUGAUGCUGUUGUUCUGGCUGGAGAGGAUAUUUACACGGCAGGGAAGACCUAUGGUUUGGUGCCCGCAGCUGGAGAACGUUACGCAGAGGGAGACACGGCCAGCACCUACUACGCGGUGGCCGUGGUGAGGCGGGCCCCUUCCGAUGCCUGGACCGUGUAUGAGCUCCAAGGGAGGAGGUCCUGCCACAGCGGCUAUGGGACCAUGGCUGGGUGGAGGAUCCCCGUUGGCUUCCUCUCCCGCAAGGGACUGAUCCAGCCCCAGAGCUGCAGCAUUCUCAAAGCGGUGAGUGCCUUUUUUGCUGCCAGCUGUGUGCCUACUGCCCAGAGAGAGGGCUACCCGGCCAGCCUUUGCGAGCUCUGCGUUGGGGAUAGCCAAGGGAUGCAUGCCUGCAAUGCCAGCAGCCAGGAACGCUAUUAUGGUGACGCUGGAGCCUUCAGGUGUUUGGCGGAGAAGCAAGGUGACGUGGCCUUCGUCAAGCACUCCUCCGUCCUCGAAAUCACUGAAGGAAACAACUCUGCCUCCUGGGCUUCCCAACUACGAGCUGGGGAUUUCCAGCUCUUGUGUCCCAAUGGAGCCCGUGCGGAAGUCGGCCAGUUUGCUGAGUGUCACUGGGGCCAGGUGCCUGCCCAGGCUGUCAUGGUCCACCCAGACGCCAAUCCUUUGGUGGUAUAUGGACUCCUGGACAAAGCGCAGGAUUUCUUUGGAAAGGGCAACAGCAAUGGAUUUGAAAUGUUCAGUUCUACGGAUUUCGAAGGGCAAGAUUUAAUCUUCAGGGAUUCUGCUAUUGCAAUUAUGCCUGUUGAAGGGAGAACAACAUUUGCAUCCUGGCUGGGUCAGGCAUUUCUGGAGUCCCUUGAAGGCCUACAGUCUCUGCAGUGCUCGGGAGCAGCUGCGGAGUCCAUGAACUUCUCCCUCCUGCUGCUGACAAUUUUGGGUUUUGUCAAAUUCUGCUCUUCGUGAUCAAUAGGCUGGACAUCUGCACAAGCAGCAAAACAACAUGCAGCCGUGGAACCUUGACGUGGGAAACCAUCAUGAAGCUGACGAACAAAUCCAAUCAGCCGGCCUGAUUCAUCUGACAGUGAGAGAGCAGGAUCUUGCUCAGUAGGGAGUGCGGGCCUUCCUCCUCUCCUGCUCCCCACCCAGCCACCCCUUUCUCUUGGCAGUUCUGGGCUGCUUUCUGUCAGUGCCUCCUUGGCUUGAGGCACUUGGUGGGGGCUUGUACCUCUUUCUGUGCUAGGCUAAUGUGGUGAUUGUGUUAUGUUAACUGCUUUGAGAUGCCUCUUCGAGGUCGCUUUGAGAAAGCAGGAUUCCCACGGAAUCAAUAAAGCUGCUGGCUUCA